AUGUUAAGUGAGAUAAUUCAUAAAUAAAAAAACUAAUUCAAGUUAUCUAAAACCGUGAAAAUUCUGAAAAUAAAAAUUAGUUAUCCCCUUGAUGUUAAAUGAGAUAAACAAUAAUAAAAAAAAAAUUUAACGCCUUGCAAACCUCGAAAGCGCUUUUUCACAAUAAACCCGCCGAUUCCGAAAAUGACUGAAAUAGCGUUCAGUAAUUGCAGCAGCUAUAAAAAAUAAGGGUAAAUGGUUUUAAGUGCGCCAAAGAAGUGUAAAAUAAAAACGCCAAAGGAUACAGCGCAACAGCAGUUUAUGGUAUCAACCUUUGCCUACUUCCCAGCGAAUGUUAAGAGCUCCAUGUUUCGCAAGAUUUAUCAUUGAAAUUCAAUCAAUCGUCUCAAUUAUACCCACAUCAACAGUACAGAAGAUAACGAAUUGUCAAAGGCCCGAGAUAUGUACGUACACAUGUGGCGGCUUGGUCAGUAGUCAAUUGACAAGCUGCGCAUUCAGUUGAAGCGUAACGAGCCAACCGACAGCGUGAAACAGCUGGAAGGCGGAUUAGAGUGAGUGACGCGGUAGAUGAAAAUAAAAGAGAUAUGAAAUGUGAACCGCUUUUUGCAAACGGAGUUUGAAUGCAGAUCUACAUGUAGUAGAUAUGAAUGUAUGUAUGUGCACAUUUAUAAAUCCUAUGGGAUGCAGUGUGGCAAAAUACGAUAUUGGUGUAAACUGAAUAUUAAAAAAAAGAAAUUCAAACUGACAACGAACUACAGUAACAACAACAAUAAAUGUAUUGGCAAGUGUUAUAAAAAAUAUAUAUUUUUUCGCUCCAAAUGCAUCGGAUUUCGUAAAUGAUUAUGAAAUGAAACUUGACAGCUUGCAACAUGUGGACUUCCACGCAACGAAAUACAAUAAAUAAAGACACGAAAUGUGGCGGGCGACAAAAAAAUCAUCAGACGCUGGAAAAAAUUGCUAUUCAAAUGUACGAUUCGUGGCAAAGUGUAUCGAUGAUUUGACCAGGGCUGCUAGUGUACAAAAUGGCCAUAGCGCAUGCGCAAAGGCAAAGUGUUGAAUAUGUAAAAAUUUGGAAACAUAUCAAAUGGCGGCGAGACUUUAAUGACUAACAAAGUGAAGAAUUGUGAGAAAAACGAAGUAUAGUUAGUAAGUGGCAAAUUGGCGUAUUUCGUGGGAUAAAAGUGAAAAUUUUAAAUAUAUAUUUUUAAAAAUAAUUGUGUAUAAAUACGUUAAGUGUAAAUGUGUAAGCGUGUGCUUUAAAUGGAGUAUAUUCUCUAUGGACUUCUUUGCUUUGCGUCGCCCGUGCAAGUAAGGAACUGUAAUAAUUUCCAAGUGCCGAACUUAAUUUGAAUCAAAAUUUAAAACACUGUUGUGAUAAAUGAUCGAAAACAGAAAUAAAUCAAAGCACAGCUCAAAGUAAAGCAAAGCCAAGUGAAAGCCAAGUCAAAACGACUCAAGCUUUCGGUGCCAUAAGUAAUACUAAAAAUGAGGAUUAACCCUCAAAGUGACACUAUUUGGACGUUACGAAAUUGAAUAAGCUUCGAAACAUAUCUUACCGCUGGCAAUAUAAACAAACAGCAAAAAUCGCUAUACGCAAAUCAACAACGCCACCACCGACCAAAGGUUCCAAAACGAAAACUGUCAAAGCAAAAUUAAAGCAAGAGAUCACAUAAAACUUAUCAAGAAAUACACAACAACAAACACCUUACCAAAUGACAAUAUUAAAUCGUCUGAGUCGUAGACGAAACAUCAACAGUGAUAACGGUAACAACGACUUUGCCGACGCUGAAUUAUUGCUGAAAGCUACAACAAAAACCACCACCAACUCAGCGCAAACACGAGACUUGAAAGUAGCGAGCGGUGACACAAGGAGCAGCGCGCCAAGCGGUCGCAUAAAACGUUUGCGGCGACCAACAGCAGAAACGUCAACGCUCAACCAACAACAACCAGCAACCAAACCGCUGACAACUACAAUAACAGCAAAAAUGAAUGUAGAUGCUGCUGCAAUAAAGGAAAAUCCACGAGGGCAUACAAGUGCCGCUCGUAUGAAUAAGUUUGUGCCCGGGAAAUCGCUCAAAUAUGAGCGACUCAUAAAUCAACCGAAACACGUUGUAAUAUCAACAACAACAACACGAGCGACCACAAACACAAAAACAGCUGACGACGUAUCAUCCAAAGCGGCACUAAAUGCUAACGGUAAUGAGUGGCUGGCACAAGAGCAACAGCAGCAGCAGCCACAACAACACCGGCACUUGGAAGAUCAAGCACCAGCAACACCCUGGUAUGACCCUUCAUCGUUAGUACAAUCUGCAAUGCCUGCAUCCACCGCCACCACAUCACUAGACACGGAAAUACCGACCGUGACGGCUAUGGCGACGGAGACAGGGGCAACAGCGGUGAUGAAAAAUUGGCAAACCCAUUUGGAAGGCGCGGAAAUGCAUUUAUCACCAGCAGCCAUAGCCACGGCCACAGCCAUGGACGUUGUGAAUGCGAAUGCCAAUGCACAUGCCAAACGCGGUAGCCGUAGAGGACAUGCCAAUGGAAAUGGUGGCAAUGGCUGGAGUGGCAAUUAUCAACAGCAGCAUCCGCAUCCGCCAGCAAUAACGCAGCCAAACACACAGAGUCGUGGUAACAAUGGCACCGGCUUUGGCAACACGAGCGGUAAUGGCAACAGUUAUGACAGCAAUACGAGCAACAACAACAACGGCAGCAGCAGCGCUAGCUGCAACAGCAAUAACAACGACAAUGGUAAUAAUUUGAAAUAUUUUGGCAAUGUCGAUGCCAGUAAUGGCACAUUUGCGUCCGACACGGAUGCUUUGCUCAGCUCUGUGCUGCCAAGUGCCGAUACCAUAGCGUCCGCCUACCAUCAGCAGCAGCAAACCACCAGCAGGCAUAGCAACAGCAAUGCCAACUUGGCGCGGAAUAGCAAAGGUUUCUACUACACCUCAUUCACCAAUAGCGACAACGUCGAUGCUACAGCCACAAUGCAACCAAACUCCUCGUUGUAUCACGACGCAGCGAUGCCAUCGUUAGCGUAUUCUGCCUCCUCAGCUGCGUCGGGGUCGGGUUCUACGUACGGGUCAUCAUCCACCGCCAUUGCGUUGGCGUAUAAUUGUUGCAGUAAUUUAAUUGCCCGCUGCUGCUUCGGUAUGCCUCUGCUAAAGGCAAUCAAUGUGCGACGAUGUGUGUUGGCGUUGUUCGCCAUAACGGUCGUUACGAUUUUUUACUACACUCAUUAUGUCGAUACGGGCGUUUUUGUUGGUUUAAUUCAGCGUGACACCCGCCCUUCACCUCUUAUUAACUGUCGUAUGGUUAGCGGGAAGCACACGCGGGAAUCAUCAAGAGCGCCCGAUCAUCGUUCUGAGGCGCGACUGCGCAUCGAUCCGAAAGUGCUGGUAUUCGUGGAGACAACCUACUCAGGGCUUGGACGGGAUAUUGCUGAACUGUUGGUCUACAAUAGAAUAAAGUACAAAAUCGAAGUGGCUGGCAAAAGUCUUCCAGUUUUAACGAAUCUCGACAAAGGUCGCUAUGGCGUCAUCGUUUUCGAAAAUCUAGACAAGUAUUUGAAUAUGGACAAAUGGAAUCGUGAGCUGUUGGAUAAAUACUGUCGUGAAUACUCAGUAGGCAUAGUGGGUUUUGUUAGUCCGAGCGAAGAGACUUUGGUUGCGGCACAACUGCGCGGGUUCCCACUCUUCGUUCAUACAAAUUUGCGUUUACGUGACGCGAGUCUCAAUCCAGCUUCGCCAGUAUUGCGGUUGACACGAGCCGGCGAAACAGCUUGGGGCGUUUUGCCCGGAGACGACUGGGCUGUUUUUCAGCAUAAUCACUCCACCUAUGAACCAGUUGAGUGGGCUCAACGCAACACACAAGACUACCCCUCGGACAGUGGUGGACAAGUGCAAUUACCGCUAACAACUGUGUUGCAAGAUCACGGCCACUUCGAUGGUAUUCAGCGAGUUAUAUUUGGCAGCAGUUUGCGCUUUUGGCUGCAUCGCUUACUGUUUUUGGAUGCCUUGUCUUAUCUGAGCCACGGUCAGUUGAGUUUGAGUCUGGAUCGUAUGAUAUUAGUGGAUAUUGAUGAUAUUUUUGUUGGUGAAAGGGGCACACGACUGCGGCCGGAUGAUGUGCAGGCGCUGAUAGCCACACAACGAAUUAUAGCAGGAAUGGUGCCAGGUUUCCGCUUCAAUUUGGGUUUCUCAGGCAAAUACUAUCAUCAUGGCACACGAGAAGAGAAUUUGGGUGAUGAUUAUUUGUUGCGCAAUGUGCAAGAGUUCAACUGGUUCUCACACAUGUGGAAGCACCAGCAGCCGCAUCUGUAUGAUAAUCUGACAUUGCUAAUGUCAGAGAUGCAACUGAAUUAUGCGUUUGCGAAGGAACACAACAUUCCCACUGACUCUGGUUACUCCAUAUCGCCGCACCAUUCAGGUGUUUACCCAGCGCAUGAGAUACUCUAUGUAGCCUGGAAAAAAAUAUGGGAUGUAAAGGUCACCUCCACCGAGGAGUAUCCACAUUUGCGACCUGCUCGAUUGCGACGAGGCUUUAUACAUCGCAACAUCAUGGUGUUGCCACGACAGACGUGCGGCCUUUUCACGCACACCAUGUAUAUCGAUCGCUAUCCCGGCGGCCGCGAUAAGCUCGAUGAAUCGAUACAAGGUGGUGAACUCUUUCAGACAUUAGUUUAUAAUCCUAUCAAUAUCUUCAUGACGCAUAUGUCGAACUAUGGCUCAGAUCGGCUGGCAUUGUAUACGUUUCAAUCGGUGAUAAAGUUUCUGCAGUGUUGGACUAAUUUGAAAUUGGGCUCGGCGCCGCCUAUUCAACUAGCAGAAAUGUAUUUUCGUCUUCAUCCCGAAGAGGUUGAUCCCAUUUGGGGCAAUCCAUGUGAUGAUCCACGCCAUAAGAAAAUCUGGUCGAAAACAAAAAACUGUGAAUCGCUACCAAAAUUUCUAGUGAUUGGUCCACAGAAGACGGGCACCACUGCCCUCUAUACAUUCCUCUCCAUGCACUCAAGCAUCACAAGUAACAUACCAAGCCCCGAUACCUACGAAGAAAUACAAUUCUUCAACGGCAAUAAUUACUAUCGUGGUUUGGAUUGGUACAUGGAUUUCUUCCCGACCGAGCCAAAUACCACCGCGACUACCACACCUCACUACAUGUUCGAGAAAAGUGCUACUUAUUUCGAUGGUGAGGCGGUACCGAAACGUGCACAUGCGCUCCUGCCACAUGCGAAAAUCGUAUCGAUCCUCAUCUCGCCGGCGAAACGUGCUUACUCUUGGUACCAACAUCAACGAGCGCAUGGUGAUGCGAUUGCGAAUAACUACAGCUUCUAUCAGGUAAUCACAGCAGGCGAUUCGGCACCCAAAGCUCUAAAGGAUUUGCGCAAUCGUUGCUUAAAUCCCGGCAAAUAUGCUCAACAUCUGGAACAUUGGCUAGCCUACUAUCCCGCCCAGCAAUUGCAUAUCAUCGAUGGUGAACAGUUGCGUCUCAAUCCAGUGGAUGUGAUGAACGAUUUGCAACGUUUCCUUAAAAUCCAACCGACAUUCGAUUAUUCGAAUCAUUUGCGUUUCGAUGUGAAGAAGGGAUUUUUCUGUCAAGUGGUGAGCGAGAAGCGCAAUAAGUGUUUGGGCAAAUCUAAGGGGCGUCAAUAUCCAUCGAUGGACGAACGUAGCGCCAAGUUACUGCAACGCUAUUAUCUAAGCCACAAUACAGCGCUGGUGAAAUUGCUCAAGAAGCUGGGUUCUCGACCCAUACCACAAUGGCUGAAAGAUGACCUCUCAACGGGCACGUGAUAGUUAAUGCGUUUCCGACGACAGCACAAUAAAUUGCGAAAACAAUUCGAAUUGGUAUACAUACGACUCAAACAACAAACUGAUAUGGAAAACGAGGCGAUAUAUGAGGAUGAAACGCCUAAAAGUGUACAAUAUAGACAUCACAGGCGAAACAGCUGGACGCGAUUUAAGCGAAAUUUAUAAAAAGCAACGAUGCGACGAUGCGGUGAAAGCAGGUAAAAGCCGUAAAUAAAAAUUGGCAUUCAUAGAUAAUUGACAAAUUAACAGUUACGGAUAGUUGUGCAUGAACAACAGGCAACUAAGAGAAUUGGACAAAAUUAGAUCGAAGGCAUGAGAGGACGCGGUUAGAGUCAAUAUUUAGUUGAUAAUAAGCAAUAAACACAAAAAAAGCAAAAAAAAAAUAUGUUAAAUGUAUGUAAGUUUGUAUACGAGUAAACGAGGUUAAUUUAGUUUUAUUUAAUAAAUAGUCAUAUGAAUGUAUGCUAAGAGAAGCCGAGGCAGUCAAAAAAUAGCCGCGUACUGCAUUUUAUGUAAUUAGAAUAGUAUUUACGCUUAUAUGUAUGUAGUUGUGUGUGCACACAUUUGAAUAUGGCUAUGUAAAAAUAUGAAUAUGUAAAUACUGCAAAAUAUUGUCUAAUUGAGGUCAUGUGCAUAGUGUAUAAAUAUAUAUAAAUAUGAAUAUGGAUAGGCUAAUUAGGUGCAUACAAAUAAUAUAACCUACAAAUGUAAAAGUUAGUACAUAUCUUAUGGAUAGUGAUUGUUGUAAUUGUUGUAAUUGUAUAUUCAACUGUAACUGUAAUCAGCAACUUUAAUUUUGGGCCUAAUUAUGUAAAUAGGUGGGAAACGAACCACAUAGCAGACUGGAAAAAAGUACACUACCGUUGCAAGCAAAAGUAGGAUUUCGCAGCUGUUCCUGAACUCGGUAGUUACUGAGCUCGAAUAGAAAUUUUUUUUUAUCAGAUUUGAAUUAUAGAAACUAGUAUUGUAGGUAUAUUAUAUACAUUGAGCUGAAAAAAGCAUUAACAUGGGUCCGCAGGCACACUGAAGGACUUAAGCUUACAUACCACAGCGUAUUUUAUUAUUUCCCAGAAGGUUUAUAAGCGGCCGCCGUAGCCGAAUGGGUUGGUGCGUGACUAUCAUUCGGAAGUCAGAGAGAACGUAGGUUCGAAUCUCGGUGGAGAAUCAAAAUAAAGAAAAAGUUUUUUCUAAUAGCGGUCGCCCCGCGGCAGCCAAUGGCAAACCCCCGAGUGUAUUUCUGCCAUGAAAAAGCUCGUCAUUAAAAAUAUCUGCCGUUCGAAGUCGGCUUGAAACUGUAGGUCCCUCCAUUUGUGGAACAACAUCAAGACGCACACAACAAAUACCCCUACAAAUCAAACACCAAAGGUGUGAUAUCACACAGUUUUGGUGGCCACUCCACUCGUUCGAGAUGAGAGACAAAUUGCUCACCGAAACGACGACGCAGUAAAUCCAUUGUUUCACGAGCUGUAUGACAAAUAGCGCCGUCAUAGUGGAACCAAAUGUUCA